CCAGGCCACCAUGCGAUGUACAAUGAGUUUAAUGGUUACUGCCUGUUAAACAACGUAGCUAUAGCUGCCAAGAGAGCCCUCGAUGUCCAUGGACUGGAAAGGGUUCUGAUUUUGGACUGGGAUGUUCACCACGGUCAGGGUAUACAGUACUUCUUCUACAAUGAUCCCAGAGUAUUGUACUUUUCAAUACACAAAUACUUAGAUGGUGAGGAAUGGCCCUAUCUUAGAGAAUCAGAUUACGACCAUAUUGGUGAGGGACCGGGCACAGGAUUUAAUAUCAACGUUCCCCUAAAUGUGAUUGGUUGUGACAAUAGUGUAUAUCUAGCCAUCUUCUUCAACAUUCUGCUGCCCAUUGCCUAUGAGUUCAAUCCUCAGCUGGUGCUAGUGUCGGCUGGUUAUGAUGCAGCUCUGGGCUGUCCUGAGGGAGAGAUGGAGGUGACCCCCAGCUGCUUCGCUCAGUACGUCAGUCUUCUGUCUCCUCUGGCCGACGGAAAACUCUGUCUGGUUCUGGAGGGAGGGUACUGCAUAAAGACUCUGGCUGAGGGCGUGGCCUUGUCCCUGAAAGUAUUGUUAGGUGACCCGUGUCCCAGAGUAGAUCCCAUUACACGGCCCAAUAACAGUGCGGUAUCAUCCAUUCUAAAUGUUAUCAAGGUGUUACGGCCAUAUUGGAGAUGUUUACAGUUACAAGGGGAUCUAUCAUCUAUUUCACAUAACUCAAAUACAGGGGUGCUGGACUGGCCCCCAAAGGAUGGAGUGAACUUUUACACACACAACAUGCCUGAGUCAUUUUCACUUCAUCAGGAAUGCUGGAAUCCAGGGGUUAUGGAAAGUGCCCACAUCAUAGAUGCCCAGGUGGAUGAACUUUUGGCCCGCACUGUACACAGGACGACUAGACACAAGGUCGGCAUUGUAUAUGACGAAGCAAUGUUAAAUCAUAGAGACCUAGGCUAUGGAGGUUUUGAGGAGGGCCCAGAUAGAGUGGAGAGGAUUGUACAGACCUUGAAAAAGAACGGGGUCUGGGACAGGUGCUACCACAUACAGGGUCGAAAAGCUUCAGAAGAAGAAAUUUGUCUUGGUCAUGGAGAGGAUCAUAUUCGUCGAUUCAAGAAAACCAUGACAAUGGGAGAAGAGGCAUUAAAGGUCUACCAGGAGACCUUCAAGUCCAUCUUCCUGUGUCAGGAAAGUUUUACCUCAGCAGCCUGGGCAGUGGGCUGUUCCUUAUCUGUGAUAGACUCCAUAUUGACCAAUCAGUGUCAGAGUGGUGUUGCUAUAGUAAGGCCUCCUGGUCACCAUGCAGAGAGAAACACAAUGAUGGGCUUCUGUCUGUUCAACAACGUAGGGAUAGCUGCUAAAUACGCCCAACAAAAGUACAAUGUACAAAGGGUCCUGAUUGUGGACUGGGAUAUCCAUCAUGGAAACGCAAUUCAGAACCUCUUUGAAAAUGAUCCAAGUGUACUAUUUAUUUCACUACAUCGAUUUGACAAUGGAUCGUAUUACCCUUACGGAGGUAAGGGUUACCACAAACAGACAGGGGGUCCGCAGGCCCAGGGACACACAGUCAACAUAGCCUGGAACGAUGGAUCUAAAGGAGAUGCAGAUUACAUUGCAGCCUUCCACCAUCUGGUGCUGCCCCUAGCUUAUGAGUUUGCCCCAGACUUGGUGUUGGUGGCAGCAGGCUUUGAUGCUGAGAAGUCAGACCCUUUGGGUGGUUACCGACUGUCUCCAGCCGUCUUUGGUCACAUGACCAGGAUGUUGAUGGGAUUGGCAGAUGGGAAGAUUGCUCUUAUUUUAGAGGGAGGUUACAGUUUGGAGGGAACUUCUCAGGCUAUGAGUCUGUGUAUAGCCUCGUUACUAGGAGACUCCUUACCAAACAUUCACAAUGCAGUGCCCAGUAAAAGUGGUGUAGAAGCUAUUCGUAAAACAAUGGAGGUUCAAGAAGAAUUCUGGAAGACAAUUUUAUACAGAGUUGAUCUUCCAACUCAGCAGCAGCUAGAAGUGAUCAAAACUGAGAAAGAAAAGAAGAAAAUCAGCACAUAACACUAGGGGGAGGGAAUAGGAGAGAACAAAAAUCUUACCUUCAUUAUCAACAGUUAUGUUAUUGUCUUUUUAUCUUUGCAUCGCCUUAAUGUUAUACUGACAGGGGACUGUACAGUUUGAGAUCUUUGUGUGUUAUAAAGAAUGUACUGCAGGUUGAAAAAAUUAUGAGAUUGGAUUUUUAUUUAUACUUGCAUUUUGUGAAACAUUCUUGCCAUUCAUGGAUGGACAUUAUCAAUGUAUUUAAUCAUUAGUUUUCUUUAUCUAAGAGUAAUAUCAAUGAAACAUCAGAUGAACUGUAGGUAGCAUAAUGACAGUUAUGCUGUAUUAUCUGACACUAAAAAGUCAGGUUACGAAUCAGUUAUAAAAUAGGGGGAAGUUUACAAAAUGAUUUUAUUACUUGCCUGUAAAGCAUGUUUUACAUUGUUGAAAAGAGAAUUAUCUUUCUGGUUUUUUUUUUGUCAUCUGGAAAUCUUUAAACAAAAUUUGAUUGCAAAAUUGAAUCAAUGGAAGUUGUACACAUGUACUUUUAGAACUUUCAGUAAAACAUGCCUUGGAUAUAAUUAAUCGCCAGGGAGAUUUAGUGUCAGAUUUGGUUUUUCACUGUAUGUGAAUUUGCUCAAUAUGUUGACUCUAAGAUACUGUAGGUGUACUUUUUUCCGUGGGGUCAUAAUUCCACGGAAUCUCAAUUUCUAUUUAAAGUACCUGGAUUUCUUAGACUGUCAUUAUAUGCCUUACAUUUUCAUUAAGUACACUAGGAGAAAUGUCCGUGGAAAAUUUGUGACCAUAGUGUAAAUUAAUACCACGCAGAAAAAAGUACUUCUACAGUAGUUCUACUGUACACUUUAUUAUUUUCAUGAAAUUUUUAAAAUUAAUAAGAAUAUAAAAAAAAAUAACUUAGAAGUGAAAUCAGUUUAGUACAUUCUGAUAUUGACUGGUUCAGUUCAACGAUAAGUUUAUUUAUCUAUACUCUGUAAUAUUUACCUGUGCUUUUUAUUUUUUGACAUGACGUGUAUGCAAUUCUCAAGUAUUCCAUUUAUCACCAAGCUUCUACCUCUUGUUUUAUAAAUUAUGCAAAUUAUUUAUUCUGUCAUAAAUAUUUUUUAAACUAUUAUGUAAAUUGUGAGUUUUUGGUAAUAUAAAAGAUUACUGUAUUUCAUUUCAAUGGCAUGCAGAAACACCCUAUAUCAUUCUACAUUUUAGUACAUGUAUUUCUAAUUUUUUUCAUUCAAAAAUAUUUUUGUGCCACUGAUUAAGAUUCAAGGGUAGAUAGUUUUUGAUCUAUCUGUCAAUUUAUCCCCCUUUAACCUAUGAACUGUUGAUUUCUGGCCUUUCAUAUUCACAAUUGUUUUCAUUGUAACAAGAACUUUGGUGAAAUCUUUUUUUUUUUUACCUUGACCUUGGAGUUAAGUCUUGACUUCUGGUUGGGGGGGGGGGGGGGUGACACAACUUUUGAGCACCAGUAUUUUGCCCUUAUGACCUGUGGAUUUGAGCUACAUAAAACCUUGUCCAAAGUUAUUUAAGUGUUGGUGCUACUAUGUUUCAUUAUCAGACGGCCUUUCUUUGAGUACCCUCAUUAAAAAGCUCAUGGCCUUGACCUGCAGUUUCAGUUACUUUUGAAAAAAUACUUCAACCUUUAUCA